GAUAGCUAGACAGAUCCAUGUGAUUUCUCAUGUGCUUGUGUUUUUCCAAGUUUCAUAGCCAUCACACAUCCAUUUUGUGGUUGCUGCUAAUCAAACUUUAUAGGGAUUCAACAUUGCUUGUUCACCUCUCUAUAUAUACAACAUAUUUCCAAACCACAACCAUCAACAAAUUUUCAAAAUUCUUUAGCUUUUUUCCUUUUGAUUUCUAUCACAGGAAACCUGCCGAAAAGUAUUUGUUUCACUUCAAAAAAGACUCUUAUUUAUACAACAAUGGCCAUCCGUCAAAUAUUGAGACGAUCUUUAUCAAGCGAAAGAAGGGCAGCUGAAGUUCCGAAAGGGCAUGUUGUUGUUUAUGUUGGGGAGGAUGAAAAGAAGCGCUUUGUGAUUCCAGUAUCAUACUUGAAUCACCCCUCGUUUCAAGAAUUCCUAUUUCAAGCUGAAGAAGAAUUCGGAUUCGAUCACCCUAUGGGAGGCCUCACCAUCCCCUGCAGUGAGGACUUAUUUGUAGAUUUCAUCUCUGGCUUGAGCAGAAGAUGAUGAUGUUUAGUAGGAUCAAAUAUUUUGUAGAUUAGGAGAUAAUGUAUUCAAUCGAACCAGAUUCUGAUACAUGAAUUAAUGAACAUACAUGCCAAAUUCUUAGCCACUUUUUUUACAAAAGCAUGAUAUUGUUGGAGAAUUAAU